AUGGCCCCGCCGCACGAAAGAAAUGCACACUUGGAUUAUUUGGCCAAGGAACGCACCGCGAAGUUUCCAAGUGCUAGUCGAGGUACUGCCUCAUUUGCGUUUAACUGCAUCUCGAAAACAACCAGGCAGAGGCACACCCCACCCCACCCCACACCAGACGUCCCUAUACAUAUUCGUUCAGUUUCAGCUCUUCCUGCUCCGCUCUUGGCGAUCACCUUUUCCCAUCUCACCCCGCACAAGCCAGUUGCACACAGCGAGUGGCACAGACCUUGCCCGGCUAGCCAUCUCUCCGCAGCGAGCGAAGGCAGGCAGGGCGAUGAAGCGCGUCGUGGGGGCCCAGGGACAUGGAGCGGCAUGGCGCUGCGUGUGUCGCAGUGCGUCUUCGCCGCCGCGUCCGCCGCCGCCAUGUCCUCCGCCUUCGGCUCCCUCAACUACAGCGCCUACUUCUACCUGGAUACAGCGUUGACCCUGCAGUUUCUGUGGAGUAUGGGCUUUGCUUGCCGGGACAUCUUUGCUUUGAGGAACAAGAAGGAUCUUCACACCGCCCCGGAACUUAUACUGAUCUUUAAUAUCGGCGACUGGGUCCUGGCGAUUCUCAUGUUCUGGGCAUCCUGCGCCGCGGCCAGCGUGACGAUCUUCUUCAGGAAGGAUGUGAAGUUCUGCGCGGAGUACUGGCGGCUGCCCUGCACCCAGUUCGAGCUUUCGGUCGCCCUGGCGUUCAUCACGUGGUUGCUGCAGGCCGUGUCUUCUUUCUCCGGGUUCUGGCUUCUCGUUUCCUUGCUCUAGUGAUCUCACUGCGCGCCUAGAAUCACCGUCGCGUCGUGCUAAUCGUCAGUCAGGAGCAGAAAUCAGUUGCAGAGUGCUCGGGACACGCUUGUUAGAUUUCAGUUAUGGGCGCGCACCCUUCAUCACUUGAUAGUUGGUACAUAGAUUGUCUGUUUGAUAGCUCAUCUUUGUUUUAGGAGCUUGUUAUCAGCGCCUUAGUUCUGGUAAAACUCUUCUGUUAAUGGAACAAAAUUCCUAUAUUUUGACGUGGAA